AUGACUCGCAAUGCAUCUUCCCCGCCUUUUGCCAUUCGCAGCCACCAACCUGGUGACAUGGGCUACAUAACCUAUAGACACGGUGCAGUCUAUGCGAAAGAAUACGGCUUCAACCAUCGUUUCGAAUCUCUCAUUUCGAGAAUUACCGCCGACUUCCUCGACAACUUCAAACCCGACCUAGAAGGCUGUUGGAUUGCUGAAAAAGACGGGUCGUUCCUUGGUUGCAUCAUGCUGGUGCAAGACAAAAAGCCAAAAACUGCAAAGCUACGAUUGCUAUUGGUGGAUGAAAGCGCAAGAGGCCUUGGUGUUGGGACAGCCCUGAUUCAGAAAUGCAUCGAUUUCGCGAGAGAAGCGGGGUAUCAACAUAUCGAUCUCUGGACGCAGAGCAUUUUGGAGGGUGCACGGCGAUUGUAUAAAAAGGCAGGAUUCGAAAUGAUUGAGACGCAGAAUCACAAUGAUUGGGGCGUUGAAUUGACGGGGGAAUUCUGGACGCUAGCGCUAUGA